AUGCGUCCCAGGACUCUGCCUGUGUCGCUGCUCCUCACGCUCUCUACCCUCUACACCUUCUCCGCCUCGCUACCACUCGCAGAGGUGCUGCCUCCUCGCGCCGAGCAGAUCGCCCCCCGCGCAACGUACUCGGUCGUCCCCAUCGAUGGCGGCAGUAGCAACGGCGGGUCCAACGGCUCCCCUACUAGCGGGUCGUCGGGCGCCGGGUCAGACUCCGGGUCGGACUCUGGCUCAGGAUCAGGAUCAGGCUCAGGCUCAGGCUCCGGUUCGGGGUCCUCCGGCAAUGGCUCCAAUGGCUCCGACGGCUCCAAGGGAAGCCCCGAGGUGACCAAGACUGUUGUGGUUUCUUCACCACCCUCCAUCGCAACGGUGGUCGUUACCCAAUCCCCCGAAGUCAUUACCAAGACCGCUAUCUCGGUCGUCGAUAUCAAUGCCUCCUCUCCGACCCCACCCGCCGCCAUCACUGUGACUCAAGUCAUCUCCUCACCUCCUCAGCCUACCUCAUCACCAAAGCCAUCAACGGCAUCCACGAGGACUUCCUCUGCCUCUUCCGCAACAUCAUCCUCAUCAAGCAAGCCAUCCACGUCUUCGACAACGUCGCAAGGACAACAGUACUCCCACCCAACCGAAACAUCUCACACCCCAUCUUCCAAAGCUCCGAGCUCAACCCACUCGUCCACCACAAGCAUACCCACCUCUUCGACGCUCUCCACCUUCUUCACCAAGACUGUCGAGGCUACUACCUCGUCGAGCUCCCUCUCAUUCUCCUCCACCACAACUACCUACGAUAACGGGCUGUGGCAUACCACCUACCCUGCGUGGAACGGCACUGAUUCCCGUCGCUUUGCGCGGUGA